GCAUCAUGUAGCCCCGCCUGGAAACCUGAGCGCAGGUGUCAGGUGUGUUCCUGCUGUUCAGGUUACUGUCCUAUAAAGGUUGCUGUAAAAAAAGAGAAGCUCUUUGUACCCGGAAGAAAACACGAAAAUAUAAAAGCGACUCGAUCUACAGCAGAUUGGAAGAUGGAGCAGCGAGACCUCCAGCAAGAUUUCAACGACCAGGUCAAUGACGUGGUCUCCAGACUGCAGUCCAAGCAGUUGUUCCAGUCUGACUGGGACAUUGCUUCUUUUGCUGUCUUCUUCAUUUUCAUUGGUGUGGUUCUCACUCUCGUCAUCCUGGUCCUCAUCCGCUGCUGCUGUUGCUGCUGCUGUGAUGAUGAUAAGCCCCACAGAAGAAAGGUUGGCAUAGAGAACUAUGGCAUGGAGCCCUGACUGCUGACCCAACCCGAUCGUUGGAGCUGGAACGGACCCUUUUAAUCAUUUUCAUGUGCCAAAACACACGCUUUGCUCCUCGGACCACCCAGCUGGAAUCAAAUAGCUUCUUCUUUCAAAUUAGACAAAAUGUUAGUCCUGCACAAUGUUGUUUGCUAAAGCCCAUGGAAAGGUAGCACGCAUGAUCUUUUCUCCAGUCACAGCUUUGUGAGUUUUAUUGCCAGGUUACCACAGGGCAGCCGGGAGCUUUCAGCUAUCUGUUCUUUUAGACCUGUGUAGAUUUGUAUGCAUGCUUUAUACAAGUUUUCUAAAUUGAUUGUAAUUCAAUUCAAAGUUUUUACUGAGUAAUAAAACAGAUCACAAUCACCCGGAGAGCCGGGUCUCUAAUUCUGACACCCUCGCCUCCAAAGACACUACAUUUAUUACAUGUACCAUUAUCACUAAAGGAGGCAGAGGAAUAACUAAACAUCUGACACAGAGAGCAGGAGAUAGGGGGAGACGUAGACAUAGACGGAGAAGCGGAGGAGAGAGUAAGGGAGGAAGCCAUUGUGGAGCUAAAGCUAGGCUAAGGUAAAGCU